UAAAAGAUGAGAAGCGUAAAGAGAAGAGAAGAGAAGAGAGAGUGAAAGUAACUCCUAUUUCCAAGUUUCUAGUAAUGUAAAAAAAAAAUCAACUUUCGUGAGAAGGAAGGAAGGAGGGUGGAAAUGGAAUCAGAGAGUCGAUAGAGAAUCUCGAACGACCUCACCUUCUCACCACACCACACCAGCCUGGGUUUCUCUCUCUCUUUUUAAUUGGUUGAAUAUGUCAAAGUCAAAUUGAAGUUGUAUGAUUGAUUUGAUAAUACGAAAUGGUUGGAAUCUGAGAAGGAGAAGAAGAAGAAGUAUAUAUGUAUGCGCCUAAUUAAGUUUUUGUUUUAUUAUAUGUGUCUAGUUACUUUGAUAUAGGUUUGGUGUGCAGACGAUAAAUAAAUUUAAAUCUCUAAUUGGUUUGGUUAGAAGAAAGCAGCAGAAGAAGCAUCAAAAAUCAAAUCAAAAUUGGUUCUUCUUCUUCUUCUUUCCGUCUCUCAGUUUGUUGGGCUCUCACUUUCUCUUCAGUUCCGAUUUCGGUUGGGUUUGACUUCACUUGAAGCAACCUCUCUUCUUUUAAUGUCCUGACCUGAAUGAUGAUGCAUUUGAUUGUAUCAUCACAAGACCCGAAUUCGCUUUUGUAAUAUUUUAAAAAUCAACUAGAUUCUGAUCUGCCCUUAAAAGGGCGGGUAUUUUUUGUGUUGUUUUUCAAUAUAAAGAUUGAUAAUUAUUCGUUUUAAUUAUAUAAAUUGUGACAUGAUCAAGUUUCAAUUAUGCGGUUUGUUAUAGUGUGUAUAGUAUGACGAAAUUUAAAAUGCGUCACAACCAUUUUAUGUUUGUAAAUAAGUUAAACAAUGGUUUUAUCCAGUGUUUUGAAAUCCGACCCGGAUCCGCGGUUGAACCGGAAAACCCGGUGACCCAAAAUAAAUUCGGGUUGGGUUUUGUAAAAAACCCAAAAUUUAAAAACCCGCGAAAACCCGCUCAAACCCAUUAAAACCCAAAACCCGAUACCGGUUGAACCACCGAUUGAACCAGUUGAUAAUUUUUUUUGGUUGUAUAUCAAAUGAAAAUAAAAAUAUAAAAAGUUAAAUUAAGUAUUCUAAAUGUUUAUUAAACAUAAAAUAUAUACAUAUCCAAACUAUUAUUUUAUGUUUUAAAGAUAUUUAGAAAGUAGUAACUUUAGUUUUAUAUAUUUUUAUUUUUUUGUUUUAUUAGCUAAUAUAUUAUUAUAUAAUAAAAGUAAUUCAUUUAUUAAUCUGUAGUUCACCCGCGGUUUACCUGCGGUCGACUCAAUGAUCCAGUAACCCUGUAAAUCGUCCGGUUCAGUGUCCCGAUCGGUUUUCAAAACAUUGUUAUCCGAAAUUCUUAAUUGGGCUAUUAUAUAAUUUUAAAGAUUUAUAAUUUAUAUAAAAUAUUGCUAAACAUAUAAAUUGGCCAAUAAUAUUUUUGAUUAAGUCUUAUCCUCGUGUAGUUACAAAAUUUCAAUCUCUAAUAUCAACUUAUUAAAAUUAUUGCAGACUUUAAUUUGUGGUAUUGAUAUUAAUUUUUUUUAUAGAAUUUGAAUUUGAUUAUAUAAAAACAUAACUCAUUUAAUUAGCUAGCAAGUCUAUCUAAAUGUUGAAAUAGACUCAUAAAAUCGAAAGACACUAAUGCCAUUAAUGAAUUUUUAAGUUUGUUCAUAUCAUUAAAGGACAAUUUUGGAAAAUUUUAAAACAUUCAUUAAGGGUAUAAAUCAGGAAUGAUUCUGAUUUAACGGUAUUGAUUCAUAAUCAAUCUGCCAUAUGAAGAAGUCGAAUUUGGGAUUAGGGUUUCUGUUGUGCUUGUCAAUUCUGGUUUCGCAACAAGCCAAUGGACUCAGACCCAUCAGAGAUACCUCUCGAUCCUGGGGCGAUCAGUGGCUCUUUGGUAAAAAAGAAGUAAGCAGCGGAUCAUCCGGACCAUUUUCCGCUUGGAAUAUUACAGGAACAUACAGAGGCACCUGGAAGUUUCAAGAUACUGUAAAUAGCUCUUCCAAGUUCCCUGACUUCCGUAAUCAAUAUGGCAACUCUGUCAUCGACUUAUUCACUACUCCUACUAAGAUUACUGGUGUCCAUUAUGUUCAGGGUGCUGUUGUUUUCCAUGACGUUUUUGACAAUGAACACAAUGUGGGUGGUGCCCAAAUUAAAGUCGAAGGUGUUUAUAUCUGGCCCUUCCGACAACUCCGUCUUGUUGCUAACAGCGGAAAGAAUGGUGGUGAUUCAGGCCUUGAAGAUGAUUAUCUUCUCUCCAACCCCUAUCAUCUGCUCGGCAUUUUUUCCACUCAAGUUCUUCAAGAAUCCCCAAGAGACAGAAUGAUGUCUAAACAAAAGGCUUCUCCAAUACAUGAGAUGGAGAAGCAUUGUAAUAUCGAAAUAGCAGCUCAGAUUUCCCGAGCCUCUUCUACUGAAAACAGUGGGGACAAAGAUUAUUUUCACAUUGAAGGAUUGAUGGAAAGUCCUGCAGUAGACGACGACGGAGAUUGUUUCUCCCCCUUGUUGCUGAAUGCAACCUCUAUAAACGUUGAAGUCUACUACAACAAAGCUGUCAACUAUACAUUGAUGGUCACUUUUGUCUCCUUCCUCCAGGUUCUUUUGUUGAUUCGGCAAAUGGAGCACAGUAACACACAAUCCGGUGCUGCAAAGGUCUCCAUUGUAAUGAUAGGGCAACAAGCCAUCAUGGAUUCUUAUCUAUGCCUUUUACAUCUUACAGCCGGGAUUUUCGUUGAAUCAUUGUUUAACGCAUUCGCAACAGCUGCGUUCUUCAAGUUUGUAGUGUUCUCGAUAUUUGAGAUGAGAUAUCUUCUGACCAUAUGGAAAGCAACCCGGCCUUCAAACAGCGGUGAGGGCUGGGAGACAAUGAGGCGUGAGCUCUCCUUUCUCUACAGCCGUUUCUAUGGAAUCCUUCUUGGAGGCAUAUUGAUAAUGUAUGAGCUCCACAACUACAUGCGCUGGGUCCUCCUUCUCAUGUACUCAUUUUGGAUUCCACAGAUAGUCGCAAACGUUGUUCGUGAUGUAAGCCCAAACACUCUGGUUCCUGCAGAAGCUUUGACAGAGAUCAAAGCCCAACUGUCAACACAUUGUCACCUCUCAGCCCAGCAAGCCCAUUACGACUGUCUGCAACGGUAACAAAGGUGAAGCGCAUGUGACGACAAAGCUUUCACCUUAUCAUCAGCGUUGUACGACGUCGCCAGCUAUCAGUCUCCAACUAUGUAACAGAUUUGAUUCCUUAGACUGUAUGCUGAGCUGUGCCCUAGUGGCGUCCCUGAACCUUUUGUAUAAAUACUCUAUGAUGUACUCAUCGCUCAGUUGAGCAGAAUAACAAUACAAA